UGCAGCCUGAACUCCGAGCUGAUCGUAGGCAGCUACAUAUCUGCUCUAUUGAGUGCGCUGAUGAGCAGCAACACUGUCAUCCGAGGAGGAUCAUGGACUAAACAUGGCCCACAAUAAGAGCUUUUUCUUUGAAGCCCUGGACAGAUCAGAGACCAGGCGAGAUGGAGGGUACAAGCACAACUGGAGCUUUUCUCUUUCUGGUGACUGUGAAGAGGAAAGGAGACAUGAUGCGAGUGUGGUGAGUGUGGAGGACAUGGACGGGCAGCCGCUGAGCUCCCCUGAGGGGAAAAAGUCUCCCACUCUUAGGCACUUCACUCCCUCGGAUUCCUUGAGGACGUAUGAAAACCGGACGAAUAAUCACAUGAAGCCUCUGACCAGGCUGGCACCUAAAAGGCUCAGUGAGGGCCCUCUCACAGUCGUGGUGCCGUCCAUGUCCAACGGACCCACACGCCUAACGUCUGCACCUUCACAAGGAAUUUUUAUACAAGGGCGCCACUUUCAGCACGCACAACUGCCCUCCGCAAUAAGGAAACCAGUCCAAAGCCUUGAUUUGAAGGAAAGAAACGACUUCUCCACCACACAGCAAGCUCUCGAGGUAGAUAACAUCGUUCUCACCUGCCCAGAGAUGCCAGAGGAGGAGACCCUGAACAUAAAACGUCGUGUCCAGCAGAAGAGGAAACCGCUGGAGGGAUGCAGCUUCUCUUCGCAGGUCAAAGCAGCAGAGCCUCUCCGGUCGACCGUCUGCUCGAGGAUGUGUGUGAAGUGCAACAAACCGAGCAACGACGGCAGCAAGUGUCAGAACUGUGGGAACAAUCUAUCGACGCCGCCGUGCCAGCAGACUACGCUGCCCACCCCGGCCCUGCGGCCCUCCAUCAGAUCCCAGCCCUCCUCUGGACCAAACACCCUGCAGCAAAACUUUUACAAACCGGUCGUGACCGCAAGGGUUCCCCGCGGGGAUGCCCUGUCCACACGGCUCGCGACCACCAGGGGGACCUUGCUGCCUCUGAACAACGGGAGGACACCCCUGUUAGCAGGGACGUCGAGCUGCUGUGCGGCCAGAAACCCACCCAAAGCUACGAGGACAGCGGCGGCGGCAACGGUGGCACAGCAGCACGAACUGAACGAUCCUAUCGUCCUGUCCAGUGAUGAGGAGGAGGAGGAGGAAGAGGCCGACAACGCCAGCACGGGAAGCGUCAACAGACUGGACAGCGUUUCCCCUCGACCCGCCGACUCCGCUCACUCCUCUCCGGCGCCCUCCGGAGGCAGGGUGGAAGCGGCGGUGAAGAGCGUCGCGGAGGAGGAGGAGGAGGUGAACCUGGACUUCUUUGAAGAAAUGGUGAGCACGAAGAUCACGAUACCUCGGCGAGCGCGGAUGAAAGAUCAGUUUGGGAAUCAACCUCCCGAGCAGUUCUCACCGAGGACGAAGAAACCCAAAUUCGAGUCCAGCCUGUGCGACAGCAUCAUCCUGGAGUGUCGGAGCGUAAGAGUGGGAUCUCUACGCAGGAUGGUGACGAAGCCCGUCGUCUUUUCCAUCGACCACAUCCAGCUGGAGACCGAAGGCUCAGAGCGCGGCACCGUAGAGAAGGUGUGCCUUCAGGCGUCGGAGCUGAUCAGCUGCGAGUGGUGCAACGUGCGGAAACUUCCCGUCUUGUUCUUCCAGACGACCCCGCAGGAGUGCCAGCGCCUGCGCACUCAGCUCAACAUGUCCAAGGAGAAGGGAGGCCAGUGGUAUGACUGCACAGGAGACGAGUCGGACGAGAAGUACAUCGUCCUCAUCUUCGAGAACGGCCUGCCGAUGAAGGAGCAGAUGAUCCUGGAGGACAUCCUGGGCGACAUCGGCAGGACCAACAAACUCAUCCCCUUCCCUGCCAAGCUGCCCUUCGAGGAGGCCAACAUCCGACUCGUCAACUACAACAAGGCGACAAAGCAGAGGGAGGAGAAGGUGAAGCCGGUACACACCCCACCCAAACUCACCUCCACCUCCUCUCCAGUUACCAAGGCUUCACAGGUCUCGCCCGUAGCAUCCGUCAGCAUGCCUGUGCGCACGCGGAUGGCCACCCGACAGCAGACCAGCGCCUUCUUUGAAGAUGAUGAAGACGACAUGACCGACCUGCAGCCCACCUUCUCCGGACCAAUCAUCAAGUUAAUGGUGUACCCUCCUCCUCCAGCCAAAGGUGGAAUAACCGUCACUAAUGAAGACCUGCACUGCCUUAAUGAUGGGGAAUUCCUUAACGAUGUUAUCAUAGACUUUUAUUUAAAAUAUUUAGUUUUAGAGAAGUUAAAAAAAGAAGAUGCACAAAGAAUCCAUGUGUUCAGCUCUUUCUUCUACAAACGGCUGAACCAGAGAGAGCGCAGGAACGCCCCGGACACAACAAACCUGCCAAUCCAGAAAAGGAAGCACAACAGGGUAAAGACGUGGACUCGACAUGUGGAUCUAUUCCAGAAGGAUUUUAUUUUCGUUCCCAUCAAUGAGUCAGCGCACUGGUACCUGGCCGUUAUCUGCUUCCCGGGCCUUGACCGUCCGGUGCUUGAGCAGAACCCACUGUACCACAGCCCGUUUCCCGCCACCCUCACCGCGGAGUCUGAGGAGAACAUCCCGGACCACUGCCGGCCUCUGUCUCCGGACAGAGACGGGCUGGACAGCUCCUCGGAGCAGCUUUCACCCGGAGGAGCUCCCGAGGGGUCCGUGGACGAUCUGACUGAUGGCGACCUCGCUACUGAAAGCUCUGCAUUCACAGAGGGUGGGCAGCAAGAGCCCUCUGCAAUGUCAGGGAACGGCCAGGUCAACGGCGAGCAGCAAUACACGAGCGGGUUGCACAGAAUCAGCAUGUGCUACGGUUCAGGAAAAGUGGACGACGACCCCUACACCUUCUCCGAUGACCAGAGCUCCUGUCAGGACGAGUGCAGCGAGGACGGCACUCUGGCUGAAGAUGGUCUUGGCUCCGACGCCUCCAGCCUGACAACCAAACUGAGCCUUUGCAAACAGCCUUGUAUUCUCAUCAUGGACUCCCUGAGAGGCCCGGCUCGAUCCACCGUGGUCAAAACUCUGAGAGAGUACCUGGAGGUGGAGUGGGAGGUGCGUAAAGGCACUCAAAGGAGUUUUGGGAAGGACGUCAUGAAGGGUUCCAGCCCACGCGUCCCUCAGCAGGACAACUUCAGCGACUGUGGCGUUUACAUCCUGCAGUAUGUGGAGAGCUUCUUUGAGAAUCCGAUUCCCAGCUUCCACCUGCCCAUGAACCUGUUGGAGUGGUUCCCUCAUCAGAGGAUGAAAACGAAGCGCGAGGAGAUCAAGGAGCUUAUCCGGAAGAUUCAAGCUCAGCAGGAACUGGACAAGAAGGAGUCCGACCAGGUCGAGGCUCCGCCGGGCUCCCCAGAGGAGCCCGAGAUCGAAGAGACAUCUGGGUCGAACGGCAGACCGCCAAACGUACCCAUUAGCCCCUGAAUCCACCUCACCCCCCUCCUGUUUGGCGGGGGAGGGGGGUGUGGACCUGAUUGUACGCUGCUGGUUUCACUUUGACGUGUCUGAAACGUUCCUCACCUCCCUCCGUUAACCACAGACCACACCUGAACUUUGUACUGAAUAAAUGAUGAAGUGUAAAUACGCCGGAGUUUCUCCCGCUGCCUUUGUAAUUUACUGUUUUACGAGUCAUUCAUGGAGUGCCCCGUUAAGUUAUGUUUCAUAGAUGUUCUUCUCUCUGCAGGAGGAUCCCUGCAGAAGAUACUGUCUCGCUCUUGCAUUGGUUAUUUUCUAAGCUUUCAGGUUUGUGUAGACAAACAAAAGGAGAAGAAUAAAAGAACAGAAAAUUGCUGUCUAAGUUAUAAGGAUCCGCCCGUCUGGGGAGAGAAACGGUUUUCGGAGAGUUGAUUUCCAGCUCGUGAAUCACACGGUCGUAGUUCAGUGCUUGUUGUGUCUCUUCCAUGUGGAGUGGAUAAAUUUUCAGCAUUAAAAGAAAACUUUUGAUUGCAAGAGCA